AUGAGUCGCCAGUUCAGUUACUACCCCAGUGGGGACCGCAUUGGCUUCAGUGGCUGCUCAGCUGUCAUUUCAAGCCGGCUUAGCAGUAGUUCAACCUCCUUCAGAGGUGGGGUGAAGGGAGUGGGGGCAGCAGCCUUUGGCAGCAAGAGUCUUUACAGUCUGCGUGGCAACCGCUGCAUUUCAAUCAGUGCCACGACAGGGGCAUCAAGGAGUGGGAGCUAUGCCCUUGGGCAUGGGGCUGGAUUUGGAGGAGGCAGAGUCAGUGGGUUUGUGGGAACAAUCUUUGGAAAUGCUGGUCUGGGGCCCGUGUGCCCAUCAGUGUGUCCACCCGGGGGCAUCCCCCAGGUGACCAUCAACAAAAGCCUCCUGGCCCCACUCAAUGUGGAGCUGGAUCCAGAGAUUCAGAAAGUGAGGACCCAGGAGCGGGAGCAGAUUAAGGUGCUCAACAACAAGUUUGCUUCCUUCAUCGACAAGGUACGCUUCCUGGAGCAACAAAACCAGGUGCUGGAGACCAAGUGGAACCUAUUGCAGCAGCUGGACCUGAGCAAUUGCAAGAGGAAUUUAGAGCCUGUUUAUGAAAGCUGUAUCACCAAACUUCGGAGACAAAUGGAGACACUGUCAGGGGACAAAGUGAGACUGGACUCAGAGCUCAGGAACAUGCAGGAUUUGGUAGAGGACUUCAAGAAGAGGUAUGAGGUGGAGAUUAACAGAAGGACGGCAGCAGAGAAUGAGUUUGUGGUGCUCAAGAAGGAUGUGGACGCAGCCUACAUGAACAAAAUCGAGCUCCAGGCCAAGGUGGAUGCCAUAACAGAUGAAAUCAAAUUCCUCAAGUGCCUCUAUGAAGGGGAGAUUGCUCAGAUCCAGUCACACAUCAGUGACACAUCCGUCAUCCUCUCCAUGGACAAUAACAGAGACCUGGAUCUGGACAGCAUCAUCAAUGAGAUCAAGAACCAGUAUGAGGAUGCUGCCAUGAAGAGCAAGACUGAGGCCGAGAACCUCUACCAGAGCAAGAUUCAGGAACUGCAAAUCACAGCUGGCCGGCAUGGCGAUGACCUUAAUCUUACUAAGGCUGAGAUAUCAGAACUCAAUCGUCUAAUCCAAAGACUCCGUUCGGAAAUUGGGAAUGUGAAGAAACAGUGUGCCAACUUGGAGACGGCUAUCGCCGAUGCUGAGCAGCGGGGUGACUGUUCUCUGAAAGAUGCCAAAGCCAAGCUGGACGAGCUGGAGGGGGCCUUGCACAACUCCAAGGAGGAGCUGGCCCGCCUGUUACGGGAUUACCAGGAGCUGAUGAGCCUUAAACUGGCCUUGGACAUGGAGAUUGCCACCUACAGGAAGCUGCUGGAGGGCGAGGAGUGCAGGAUGUCUGGCGAGUAUCCCAGUUCUGUGAGCAUCUCGGUCAUCAGCAGCACCAAUGCUGGGGCAGGAGGCGGCUUCAGCGUGGGCUUCGGAACCUCGAGCAGUUUUACCUAUAAACAGGGAGCCGCUGACGUCAAAACCAAGGGCAGUUGUGGAACUGACUACAAGGAGCCGAUGACCAAAGGUGGCAGCUGUCCAGCCAAGAAGGGCUCCAGAUAA